UAGCAUUUGAUACAUCCAUGCCAGCAGCAACCAUUGACUUCAAUAGCCAAUUUCUUUUCCUCAACCCAUCCAUCCAAUUUAUAAUUUCCAAUUUUCUUCUCCCCAUUCUUUGAGUGUGCUGUCCUAAUUGUAACGUUAUUCUUCUCGCCAUACCAUUUCAGAAACUUGAGAGCAAUUUUACUUUGGUUGUCGACGUUGUCGUAACCUUUUUCAGGAACAAUUCCUAAAUGGUUGGCUUUGAGGUGAUUCAUGCGGAAGUGCUUCAUGCAGGCAGAAGCAAUUGUCAUAGCUUCACGAAGAACAUCCAAGCCAUUGGAGACUUCCAAAAAUUCCGUUCUGAAGGCAAUGAGCGCAGCCAUGAGGAUCUCCACAUCGUUGAUACAAUAUGCUGCUAGUUGUUCAUUUAAGUUGAAGGGCUCAUUUUUAUGUUGGUCAAACCAUUUAUCGAACUGAGCCCUCUUUUCAGGCAUCAUCCCAUUAGCAAGGUAAUCUUCUUUUGUCGGAAAGAUUUCUUUCCCAUAAUUCUUUGGGUUGUUGGCCAGGUGAGGGAAGAAAGGUUUGUCUUCCAUUUUAAGAGCAAAGGCUGGUACUAGUGAAGCCAACGGCAUUGGCAUUAGAUUGUAUGUGUCUCUGAAGAUGACCCAGCAUUUUUUAUUGUUCUUCACCUUCAUCUCAUACAUUUUGUUACCUUUCUUUAUCAUUUCUGGGAUUAGGCCUUUGAGAUACAAUGCUUUGAAGACUAGGACCAUAUCA